AUGAAAAAGAAGAAAAGCUGGAGAAAUUUGUUUGCUUAUAUGGGACCUGGAUUUCUUGUUUCUAUUGCAUAUAUAGAUCCUGGCAAUUUUGAAACGGACCUACAGUCAGGAGCACAGUACAAAUAUGAGUUACUUUGGAUUAUUUUAGUGGCUUCUGUCGCUGCUCUCAUCAUUCAAUCUCUUGCAGCAAACUUAGGUGUUGUCACUGGAAAACAUUUAGCAGAGCAUUGUAGAAUUGAAUAUCCAAAAGUGCCGAAUUUCAUCUUGUGGGUUCUGGCUGAAAUUGCCAUAGUUGCAUGUGACAUUCCUGAAGUGAUUGGAACAGCCUUUGCUUUAAACAUGCUCUUCAAAGUUCCAGUAUGGUGUGGUGUUCUUCUGACAGGACUGAGUACAUUGAUUUUACUAGCAUUACAGCAAUAUGGGGUGAGGAAACUUGAAUUCUUGAUUGCAUUUCUGGUAUUUACUAUUGCGGCAUGUUUUUUUGCGGAGCUUGGAUAUGCUAAGCCCAAUACUUCAGAGGUGUUGCAUGGGCUGUUCAUUCCUCAACUGAAGGGAGAUGGUGCUACUGGCCUGGCAAUUUCACUUCUUGGGGCCAUGGUUAUGCCACACAAUCUCUUCCUUCAUUCAGCUUUGGUCCUAUCAAGAAAAAUACCACGAUCUGUUAAUGGAAUCAAAUUGUUCUCUUGCCUAUGGAUCAAGUGGCAAUGUUUUCCCACCACAGAUGGUGAUAGGCAUCAGAUUGGGAGGAAAAAGAUGGCAACCAGCACAAUGAUCUUACUUUGGUUCCUCAAAAUUCUCCUAAAUGAAGGGCUUUCUUCAUUACAGGAGGCUUGCAGGUUUUAUAUGAUUGAAAGUGGGUUUGCUCUACUGGUAGCUUUUCUUAUCAAUGUAUCAGUCAUAUCAGUGAGUGGUGCAGUUUGCAAUUCCUCAAAUUUAAACCAAGAUGAUCAGCAGAACUGUGAAAACUUGGACUUGAACAAAGCUUCCUUUUUACUGAAGAAUGUUUUAGGCAGUUGGAGUUCAAAGCUUUUUGCAAUUGCUUUGCUAGCCUCAGGUCAAAGUUCUACAAUAACAGGGACAUAUGCUGGGCAGUACGUUAUGCAGGGCUUUCUUGAUUUACGACUGAAGCCAUGGAUUCGCAACUUCUUGACUCGCUGCUUGGCAAUUAUCCCUAGUCUGAUAGUGGCCCUUAUUGGUGGCUCUGCUGGAGCUGGAAAGUUGAUAAUUAUUGCUUCGAGUAAAUCACUUGCAAAGGAUAUGAUCUUCCAUUCAAGUGGUAUGUUGAUAUAUUUGGCAGCAAUUGCAUACUUGGUCUUUCGGAAAAACAAGGAAGCUACACAUCUUCUUGCAUUAACAUUGACUGAAAGUGGACAAAAUGGAAACGAGUUGGGUGGUGGGUCUGUUUAUAAUCCCCCCAGAGAGGAUAUAGUCAGCAUGCAAUUGCCUCAGAGACGGGCCAUGGUAGAUGUUGAGUAA